UUGACCCACGUGAGCCAGACAACUUCCUACACUCUGUCAUCAUCCGGCGUCUGUUCGAACGGUGCUUCAACCUGCUCUGAUUUUUUAUGUUUUUCGGUCGUAAAUCGCGUCGGUUACUCUGACUUCCGGUUCGUUUCGGUUAAGAUGUCCAGCAACAGUAAAUAUUUGUUGUUUUGGCUGCGGCGGUGCGUCGCGGUCAAGCAGCUAAUGGUUCCGUCUGGGAUCCGAGCACUAGGCGGCUGCGGGUUCGUUCAGCAGCGGACCUGGUCGUCAGCGACCCGGACGGUGUGUCCGCAGAGAGUGGGUCGGAUCCGGGCCUCAGUGACAGCCAGCCUCUGCACCAAGACCGGAACCACCUGUGAGUCCAAGUACCCUCCACUGCCGGACUAUGGGUCCGACACAGCACCACAGAAGGAGGACGUGUACAUCGUGCAGGUCAAAGGCUUCCCGUGGUCGUGCUCGGCGCAGGAUCUGCUGCAGUUCUUCUCAGAGUGCAGGAUCCGCAACGGCGUGAACGGCAUCCACCUCACAGUGGACCGGCUCGGGAGGCCGUCGGGUCACGCCUUCAUCGAGCUGGAGCACGAGGAGGACGUGGGCAAAGCUCUGGAGAAGCACCGGCACUACCUCGGCCCGCGAUACGUGGAAGUGAAGGAAGUGAGGAACAGCGACGCUGAAGCCAUCCUCAAGAGGUCCGUGCAGGCUCCGAGCGGGAGCGGCGUGGUGCGACUCCGAGGCCUCCCCUUCACCUGCACCGAGGACGACGUCGCCCACUUUUUCUCUGGUUUGGACAUAGUAGAGAAUGGAGUCACCAUCGUCACAGACCACAGAGGAAGGAGGUCCGGGGAUGCGUUUGUGCAGUUCUCGUCUCAGAGAGCAGCGGAUGAGGCUCUGCAGAGAGACAGACAGGUGAUGGGCAACAGAUACAUCGAGGUGUUUCCCAGCAGAAGUGAUGAGAUCCACUCCUCCAGGCGGAGGACGGGUCCAGCUGCUGGUGGGACCGGCCCUCAGCCCGUCUCUGCCUCGCAGGCCGGCGCCGGCACCGGUACCGGUACCGGGUCUCCUCAGAGCUCCUCGCUGCCGCUGCACUACGUCCACGUGAGGGGUCUUCCGUUCCGAGUGUCUGCAGACGACAUCGUGGCGUUCUUCUCUCCUCUGAUCGUGGCCAAGAUCCUGCUGGAAUGUGCUCCCGACGGGAGGCCGAACGGAGAGGCCGACGUCUUCUUCAGCCGCCACCAGGACGCAGUGGCCGCCAUGUCCAGAGACAGAGAGUACAUAGGAAACCGAUACGUCGAGUUAUUCCUGAACUCUGCACGGAACUGUGAUGGAAGGUGAAGGCUCCAGACCCGCUGCCACCAACACAGGACGACUGUAUUUAUUACAAGGAACUUCAAUAAACUGCUGCCACCAGAGAAA